GCCUGUUCCCCUCAUACCUGUUCCCCUCCGGCCUGUUCCCCUCAUACCUGUUCACCUCCGGCCUGUUCCCCUCAUACCUGUUCCCCUCAUACCUGUUCCCCUCAUACCUGUUCCCCUCAUACCUGUUCCCCUCAUACCUGUUCCCCUCAUACCUGUUCCCCUCAUACCUGUUCCCCUCAUACCUGUUCCCCUCAUACAUGUUCCCCUCAUACAUGUUCCCCUCAUACCUGUUCCCCUCAUACCUGUUCCCCUCAUACCUGUUCCCCUCAUACCUGUUCCCCUCAUACCUGUUCCCCUCAUACCUGUUCCCCUCAUACCUGUUCCCCUCAUACCUGUUCCCCUCAUACCUGUUCCCCUCAUACCUGUUCCCCUCAUACCUGUUCCCCUCAUACCUGUUCCCCUCCGGCCUGCUCCCCUCCGGCCUGUGCCCCUCCGGCCUGUUCCCCUCCGGCCUGUUCCCCUCCGGCCUGUUCCCCUCUGGCCUGUUCCCCUCCGGCCUGUUCCCCUCCGGCCUGUUCCCCUCCGGCCUGUUCCCCUCCGGCCUGUUCCCCUCCUGCCUGUUCCCCUCCUGCCUGUUCCCCUCCUGCCUGUUCCCCUCCUGCCUGUUCCCCUCAUACCUGUUCCCCUCAUACCUGUUCCCCUCAUACCUGUUCCCCUCCGGCCUGUUUGACAAUAAAGCCAAACCACUGAUGAGGCAUCCGGAUGAGGAGUUUCCAAAACAGAGAGCUGUCCAAUGGGGCGCAGAUAGACGGCCAUUCCACUUUCUGUUCUACACAGGAAAGCAGUCCUACUACUCUCUAAUGCACGACACCUUCACUAAAGCCCUGGCAGUAGAGAAGCACCAGGACCGUCUGAGAGGAAAGGACCUCUUCACCCAGGAUGCCAAGCAGAUUUCUCUGAAAGAAGAGCUGGAGGAGUUGUUGGUGGAGACCCUCUCAGAACACGAUUAUGCACAGUUCAUCCAGCUGAUGGAGAGGUUGCUGUCUCUGUCCUACUGCUCUGUGGAGGAGGACUUUGUCCAGCGCUACUGCAGACAGCUGGAGAUCCAGUCCUCCAAGCAGCAGGUCCAGCCCCUUCAAUACGACCAGCACGGAGUGGCUUACAGCACCGGAGAUGGCAGAAGGAAGACCGCUACGGGUACUGUCCUACUGAGAGACAGCGGUUCAGGAUCCAUCAGCAUCAACGGGACAAACUAUGUCCACUACUUCCCUGUCCUGCAAGACCGGUCCGUGCUGGGGAGGUUUGACAUGCAGUGCAGUGUGAGUGGCGGGGGCCAUUCCAGCCAGGCGGGGGUGCUACGCCAUGCCAUCUUCCGCGCCAUGCUGAGCUUUCUGUCUGAGGGACAGGUGGAGACCAUGAGACAAGCUGGGCUGCUGACCCCUGACCCCAGAAUUAAGGAGAGGAAGAAGCCGGGCCAGGAGGGAGCGAGGAGGAAGUUCACCUGGAAGAAAUGCUGAGGUGGAGGACAGAAUAGAACUGGACACAGGGAAAUCACAGCAGCAUAUUCAUCAUUAUCUUCCUCUGAGAUCAGAACUGCUAUUAAUUAGUAAGUGGACAAAUUGUUCAUCCAACCCCUAUUGUAGCCUUUUAUAUGUCCCCUAAAGGUGUUUUAGAUCUGGAAAUAGCCACCAAGUACAUGACUCAAAUGCAUGUACAAAUUCAAAGGGGUUCUGUCCAUGUGAGGGCAGGAUACCCAACUCCAUAUAGGCUGUAAUGUUUUUUUUCUUCCACCAGAGGGCCAUCUCUGGCAACACACCUGUCCAUUGUCUUUGUCUGUAUAUUGAAAAUAAAAUGUUGUUUUUCAUAUA